AUGCAACAUAUUUCUCCACAUUUCAAAGGGGCACUAUGGGAGUCCAACCAUCCGUGUAUACCCAUCAUUAGAAGCAAACCAGCUUUUACGACACUUCCCUCUUAUAACUUCUUGUUAUGGAUCCUUCUUGGAGUAUUUACGUUCCCUUGUUGUGUCCGCUGUUUGAUAUUCAAAGUGGGGGUGCUUGGCCCUUGGAACUGCGACCCUGUUUAUUACAGGGCCCUGCCAGCUGCGGCAGCCCGACUCGCUGUUAACAGGAUAAACGGAGACCUGAGUCUGGAUCUGGGCCUGAAAAUGGACUACAUCAUCCUCCAGGAGCCGUGCGAGACCUCACAAGCCCUCACUGCGUUUAUUUACUAUGAAAAGAUCGCUGAUGCGUUUUUGGGCCCCACCAACCCGGGUUACUGUGUCGCAGCUUCUCUGCUGGCCAAGAACUGGGAAAAGGCCAUCUUCUCCUACGGCUGUGUGAACUACGAGCUGGACCGCGUCAUCGGAUACCCGACCUUUUCCAGGACAGUGCCGUUUCCCUCUGAAGUGUUGUUCACUGUGUUGAAACACUUCAGGUGGGCCAGCGUUGUAGUGGUCUCAUCCAAUGAGGAUACUUGGAUAGAUACAGCAGGGAGAGUCGCCUCUGCUUUGCGGAAUAAGGGGCUUCCGGUUGGCAUGGUUACAUCCAUUGGUACAAAUGAGACUGAGGUGGAGAGCACACUGAGGAGGAUCCAGGCUGCAGGAGAGAUCAAGGUCAUCAUCAUGUGCAUGCACUCUCUCCUGGUUGGAGGGGAGCAACAGGCUUCUUUUCUUCUCAAAGCACAGGAAAUUGGCCUGACCUCAGGGAAGUAUGUGUUCGUUCCCUACGACACCCUCCAGUACAGCUUGCCCUACACCAAUGUCUCCUACUUCCCUCUCCAAAACAACAGCAGGCUGAGGGAGGCCUACGAUGCUGUGCUCACCAUCACUGUGGCUUCUGAGACUUUGUCCUUCAACGAGGCAUUCGCUGGCGCCAAGAGGAGCGAGGAACUGUCGGUAGAUGAGCAGCCAGAGCAGGUUAACCCACUUUUUGGAACCAUCUACAACAGUAUCUACUUGCUGGCCAAAUCCAUCAACAAAGCCAGGAGAGCAGGCGUGUGGCUGUCAGGCUCAAACCUGGCCUACUUCACAAAGAACAUAACCUUCACCGGCUUUAAUCAGAAGGUCCUGGUGGACAAUGCUGGGGAACUUAAGACCAACUAUGUCAUCCUGGACUCUGACAACACAGGGGGGCAGCUGUACCAGACCUAUCUGGUAGAGCUAACAUCUGGAGUGCUUCGUUCUGCUGGGAGGUCUAUUAACUUUCCAGGAGGAUCUCCGCCGCCGUCUGAUUCCAGCUGCUGGUUUGACAAGACAGCGGUCUGCACAGGAGGUGUGGAGGUCAACUACAUCAUAGUGGUGUUUGCAGUCAUCAUCGUUCUGGCUUUGGGAGGACUCGCUAUUAGUUUUUAUAUCAGGAGGAGGCUCCAACAGAUCCAACUGGUCAAGGGUCCUAAUCGAAUCCUACUAACCUUAGAGGAUCUAACUUUUAUUAAUCCUCAGCUUAGCAAAAAGAAAAUUACCUUAGAGGAUCUGAGUGAGUCCAAAAGUGCUCUGGAGGAGAAAUCUACAGACAACUCACACUCUGUGAACAGCAUGCAAAUGGCAACUCAUGAGACCACAAACGUAGCAGUGUAUGAAGGCGACUGGGUGUGGCUGAAGAAAUUUGAGGAGGGGCAGUUCAAAGAAGUGAAGCAAAGUGUGACCAAGAUUUUCACAAAGAUGAAAGACCUGAGAAACGAAAACGUGAAUCCAUUCCUGGGCUUCUUCUCAGACUGCUCCAUGUUUGCCGUGGUGAUGGAGCACUGCUCCAGAGGCAGUCUGCAGGACCUGCUGAGGAACGACGACGUUAAACUAGACUGGAUGUUUAAGUCCUCACUUUUGCUUGACCUCAUCAAGGGUAUGAAAUACCUUCACCACAGAGACUUCCCACAUGGGAGACUCAAAUCGUGUAACUGUGUGGUCGAUGGGCGCUUUGUUCUUAAGAUUACUGACUAUGGUUUCAAUGAGCUGCUGGAGUCUCAGAAAGCUGCAAUAGAAGAGCAAUCACCUCAAGAUCAAUUCUGGACAGCUCCAGAGUUCUUAAGGGACCAAGCAAACUCACGCAGAGGCACCUACAAGGGAGAUGUGUACAGCUUUUCUAUCAUCCUACAAGAGGUGGUAGUCCGAGGACCCCCGUACUGCAUGCUGGGUCUAACUCCAGAGGAGAUCAUCCGCAAGGUGAAGAAGCCUCCUCCGAUGUGCCGCCCCACUGUUGCCCCGGACCAGGCUCCUCUGGAGUGUAUCCAGCUGAUGAAGCAAUGCUGGAGUGCUGCCGAUCGCAGGCCUACAUUUGAUGAGAUCUUUGACAGGUUCAAGAUCAUCAACAAGGGCAAGAAGACGAACAUCAUCGACUCCAUGCUGAGGAUGCUGGAGCAGUACAGCUCCAACCUGGAGGACCUGAUCAGAGAGAGAACAGAGGAGCUGGAGGUGGAGAAACAGAGGACAGAAAAACUUCUGUCAGAGAUGCUACCUCCCUCUGUGGCCGAGGCCCUGAAGACAGGAGCCACAGUGCAGCCCGAGUACUUUGACCAGGUCACAAUCUACUUCAGUGACAUCGUGGGUUUCACCACCAUCUCCUCGCUGAGUGAUCCCAUCGAGGUUGUCGACCUCCUGAACGACCUCUACACUCUGUUUGAUGCUGUGCUCAGUAAUCAUGACGUCUACAAGGUGGAGACUAUCGGUGACGCCUACAUGGUCGCAUCAGGUCUUCCAAAUAAAAAUGGCAACAAGCACGCUGCUGAGAUCGCCAACAUGUCUCUGAACAUCCUCAGCUCAGUAGGAACCUUCCACAUGAGGCACAUGCCAGAUGUGCCUGUCAGGAUAAGGAUAGGAAUCCACUCAGGCCCCUGUGUUGCCGGGGUGGUAGGUCUGACUAUGCCACGGUACUGCCUUUUUGGAGACACUGUCAACACUGCCUCUCGCAUGGAAUCCACCGGUCUGCCUUAUAGAAUCCAUGUCAACAUGAGCACUGUGAAGAUUCUCCACUCACUCGAUGAGGGUUAUAAAAUAGAAGUGAGGGGGAAGACGGAGCUCAAGGGUAAGGGUAUUGAAGAGACAUACUGGCUUGUGGGGAAAGCAAACUUUUCAAAACCUUUGCCAAACCCACCAGAUAUCAAACCAGGGACAAACUGGCAGGAGAUGGUGACACAGGAGAUAAGGACUAUUUUUCACAAGGCCAACAGGCAGGUGGACAAAAAGGUCUGAAUGAGGAGACAUGCAAGAAGCAAAUCCAGAGGAGCACCAGAGAGAGGAGGACUUAAUCAAAAGAAAGGAAGAGACAGAGAGCUGGGAGGGGCGGGUGGAGAAUGGAGAGCGCCGCCCAGCCUCUCACUGUGGCUUAAUGCAGACUUGUUUAAGAGGAUUGACCAUCCAACAGCUAAUCUGCCUGCAGCCAGCACAGCAGAACAUGACAGUGCUAAUGUAAUGAGGGUUGGCGCAUUACUUGCAAAUG